AUCUAAUCUCGCUGGUAAGAAGAUGGGGUUAUGGACUUUGAUUCAAGGCAUGUUGUUAUUUGCAAACGGAUUGGCGAUUCUAAAUGAGGAUCGGUUUCUAGGUCCGAGAGGUUGGACCAUGCUGGAAGUUCAGAGAGGGAAUAGGAGUACGAUGAAGGGGCAGCUUAUAGGGCUUAUAUAUGCGUGCCAGUACUUCAGAUUUAUGCUCAUUCUCAUCAACUUCAUAACUAUUAUUCUGAAACUCAUAUAUGGCUGAGGCCUGUGUUUGUAAUUGUAGAAUCUUUGCAAGGUCUGUGUUUGGUUCUUGGGUUUUAGUCCCAUACGAAUUCAGGAAAAAGGGUGAUAUGAUCAGUUGGUAGCUCUGCAGGGUUGUAUGUGUUAAUGGGUGUGCUUUGGAUCCAUGGCUUUGUUGUUGUAAACUAGAUAUAGUUUCUGAAUUGAAUAUCAGUUACAAGAGUUGAUUGUUUCUUGCG